CCAUUGAAGUUAGCCUUAGAAACGCGAAACAAGCUUUUGACUUCUCCAUAGUCACAGUUACAAUUAGUCAACUAACAGAAGUCUAAUGCUUCUAGGUGAGACAUAUAUUAUUCCACUUUGAUCAGCCAUGUAUAUGUCCAACAAUCCCACCUAACUUUCACUCUUCAUAUGUUUUAUUCAUUCAUUAGAAUAUGCAUUAGGGGUUAUUCAUUCAUUAGAAUACUGCAUGCCUAAAUAUUUACGAUGCACCCACUAGUGACUUGUUAGUCAAACCGAGUCCUUGGUCCUCUUCCCCUCUUUCAUUCCUAAUUAACCUUCGAGGAAAUCAGUAUUGAAUUACAUGGCUGUUUCCCUCCACAACAGAACAAAGGAAGUAUAUAAGCUUCUAUAUGUAUGUCCUCUUUUCUCUCAAUCAAUUCCAUUCCUUAUCCCUCCUUCUCUCCAUCCCACUAUGUCCACAAACACAUUACUCCGGCGAAACCUCUCCCUAGCUCUGCCUCCAACUUCUCCUCUCCCCCCACCACCUCCACCGCCACCACGAGCCCCUCUGCUCUCGAGCUACGACGUCUUCCUCAGCUUCAGAUGGGAAGACGUCAGAGGGAAGUUCGUCGACCACCUCUACGCCAGGCUCCAGGGCCUGAAGGUCGACGCCUUCAUGGACGAGAAGAAGCUGGCGAGAGGGGAGGUCAUCGAGAAAUCGAUACUGACUGCAAUCGAGAGGUCGAGAUUCUCCGUGGUCGUAUUUUCUCUGAGGUAUGCUGACUCGGAGUGGUGUCUGGAUGAGCUGGUGAAGAUAGUGAGGUGCGCGCAGAACAAGGGACACGUGGCGAUGCCCGUGUUCUUCCACGUGUCACCGGACGACGUGGCGGGCCAGGCCGGGGUUUAUGAGGAGGCAUUUGUGAAACAUGAGAAGGGGUUUAAGAGGAAGCGGGUUGAGAAUUGGAGGAAGGCUUUGAUUACCGUGGCUGGGAUUUCUGGAUGGUGUUUGGGCGAAAAUGAGUAAGACAAGUCCACUCUCUUUUUUUUUUUUUUUCCAAUUCUAUUUUGUCUCUACUUGAGGAGACGGCCAUGUGAUCUUGGAGAAAAUUAAAAUAUAUGGUGGUUAGUGACCCAAGAAAUAAUUAAGUAUGACCUUUGGGUUUAAAAUAGAUUAAAGUUGUAGUC